UGAACACUAACGCCAAACGGACUCAGUUUGGUGGAUCUCAGCAUGGAGGCGAACUAUGUCAGGCAUGUGGAACUGUUGGGCUUCGAGAAACGCCUCUUCCCCAGUCGGCACUUCGUUUAUAUGCUGAUGGUGAAAUGGAGCGACCUCUCUGAGAAACUGAUCUACAGGACGUAUCCUGAGAUCCACACCUUCCACAAAUCGCUGAAAGAGAUGUUUCCCAUCGAAGCUGGUCAAAUAGAAAAGAGGGACAGGAUCAUCCCGUCGCUACCAGCACCGCGGUGGCUGGACAGCGAGAAGUCAACAGAAACCAGACAGGGUACGUUGUCAGAGUACUUCCACUCACUCAUCAACCUGCCGCCCCACAUCUCCCGCUGCAAACAACUCAACAGCCUUUUUAAAGUUCGACCAGAGGAUGAAAACCCUCCUGCCGCAAACACAGUGAAAAGAAACGAAACGUUUGUGGAGUACAGGGAGUUGGCCAGAGGUGUCGUAUCUGAGAUUUCUGGUCCCAUCGUACUGGACUCCUACAGAGUGGUCGCAGACUUCGCCAAGACGUCCAAACAUGAGAUCAAUCUGCACACUGGAGACUUGGUGGAAAUUAUUGAGAAAAAUCCGAACGGUUGGUGGUUCUGCCAGUGUGAGUCUAAACGAGGCUGGGUACCUGCGACCUACUUGGAGCCUCUGGAUGGACCAGAGGAAUCAGAGGAACCUGAACCAGACUACGAAGGAGAGCUGCACGUAAGCAUCAAAGCCUACAAGGCGGAGCAGGAAGACGAGAUCUCUCUGGAGCUCGGUGAAACCAUUGAGGUCAUUCACAAACUGCUGGACGGCUGGUGGGUUGUCAGAAAAGGAGAUGAGACCGGUCAUUUCCCCUCCAUGUUCCUGCACAAGGCCGGCAAGAGAGAGAUACAUGAAGCAGAGAGGAUUAAGGUGCAGGGACAGAAACCACCUCCUCGCAGGUCGACAAUCCGAAAUGCCAAAAGCAUCCACAAUAAGUCUCGUCUUCGGAUGAGCCAGGACGCCUACCGCAAGAAUAGCCGCCGAUACCUUCAGCAGAAGGGCGGCCAAAUUUCAAACCCACACAAGAACUCCAAGAAUGCUGCCCAGUCACCACUGAGGGAGAGAAAGAACCAGGGCAACAUUGCCGAGCAGUCUGGCUCCAGUUCAGAGAGCGAGCUAAAGAAGGAGGCUCCGGUUAUCCCUCCUCGGCCCAGUACGGAGCUCAUCUUAGAGCGCUGUAGCGACAACACCCGCAAGAAAGUCAGCAUCAAGUCCCGCCCCAGCUCUGCCAGUGUGCCAUAAAAAUCACAAUGAACUAGCCUUUUGAAAGCUUUUUUUUUUAUUUCCUUCUGUAAUUUGUUGCAAACAGUUAAAAUAAAAGUGGAAGUUAGAUGAAAAUA